UCUCUCUCUUCCUCCCCUGCGCUCACUUGGCGGCUGCCCUGCGCUCCAAAAUUCGCCAACCAAUUCCGCUGCCGCCCAUCACCACCUCCGCGCUUCUUUAAAACGCCCUCCUGCCCCUGCCCUGCCACCAUAGUUGGCCACCCAACACCUCCUCCCUCCUCCUCACUCGCACAAUGGCGAAGCCCCGCAAGAACUCCGCCGCCGCCGCCGCGGUGACCACCGUCACCACAAACGCGGCCGCCGACGCCGCGACGGACGUGCGCGCGAAGCCCAAGAAGCGCACCCGCAAGAGCGUGCCGCGCGAGUCCCCCUCCCAGCGCAGCUCCGUCCACCGCGGCGUCACUCGGCACCGGUGGACGGGGCGGUUCGAGGCGCACCUGUGGGACAAGAACAGCUGGAACGAGUCCCAGAACAAGAAGGGCAAGCAAGUUUACCUCGGAGCGUAUGACGAGGAGGAGGCAGCGGCCCGGGCGUACGACCUGGCGGCAUUGAAGUACUGGGGACCCGACACCAUCCUCAACUUCCCGCUAUCCGUGUAUGAAGAGGAGUUGAAAGAAAUGGAGGGGCAGUCCAGGGAAGAGUAUAUUGGGUCCCUAAGGAGGAAAAGCAGUGGUUUCUCAAGAGGAGUCUCCAAGUACCGCGGUGUCGCAAGGCAUCAUCACAACGGGAGAUGGGAGGCUCGGAUCGGGCGUGUUUUCGGCAACAAGUAUCUCUACCUGGGCACUUAUGCGACGCAGGAGGAAGCGGCGAUGGCGUACGACAUGGCGGCGAUCGAGUACCGUGGCCUCAACGCCGUGACCAACUUCGACCUCAGCCGGUACAUCAAGUGGCUCCGCCCUGGCGGCGGCGUCGAUGCGGCGAUCGCCGGCCGGAACCCACACCCGAUGCUGGCCAGCCUAACUGCGGCGCAGGAGCUGCCGCCGACCGACCUGGACGGCAUGGUGUUCCCGCCUGAGCUCCACCAGUGCAUGGAAGACGGCAUGGCGGCGGCAGCGGCAGCAGCCGCGCAGUUUGCGCUGCCGGCGAUGGCGUCGACGCUCGGCCACACCCCGACCACGUCUGCGCUGAGCCUGCUGCUGCAGUCCCCCAAGUUCAAGGAGAUGAUCGAGCGCACGUCGGCCGCGGAGAGCAGCACGACCACGUCCUCCUCGUCCAUGUCCACGCCGCCGCGGCCGCCGCCGCAGGUGGCCAAGGACGAGAGCGCCUCGCCGCAGUGCAGCUUCCCGGAGGACAUACAGACCUUCUUUGGGUGCGACGACGGCGUGGGCUACACCGACGUGGACGGCCUCUUCUUCGGGGACCUGUCCGCCUACGCGUCGCCAGCGUUCCAGUUCGAGCUGGACUUGUGAUCGCACCCAUCAUCAUUAAUUGAUUUCCUCCAAUCUGGUUGGAGAAUUUUGUCAAUAGGAGAAUCAAAAGGAGAAGCAGGCAGAGAACAGAAGCAUGAUGACAGACAGACAGACAGGGCAAGAAGAUAACACAGAAUCGUUGCAGUGCUAGUAGUGAGGACUAAGAAUUAUUUACACAUUGUUUUUCCUUCCCCCUUGGUAUUAUCUAGAGAGUAAGGAAGCGAGAUUGUUUGAUUUGUUCCGUGGAUCCAUGGACCAUGGCAGUAAGAAUAAGGAGCUAAUAUAUACAUACAUAUAUUUACAUAAUCAAGAAAGAUUACA